CUCACCUCGAAUCGCCAACUCUCUCCCACACGAUGCCCUUUGUCCCGGCACAGGUAUAACAUCCACACACACCCACCCUAGGAUUCUUUGUAUCAUCCCCAGAUCUGUCCCCCCUCCCCAAAACAUGGCAGACGAACCAGGCACUCUCAACUGGCGCCUGAGCGCGCAUCCCAUCACGCUCCUCACGUACUUGGGCUUUCGAAUCGGUAAGGGGGUUUCUGACAUUUUACGCUGUGUGUCCUCGACUGACCGGUGCGCGUAAAUUGAAAAACAGGGAGCCUACUCAUGUACCUCUUCGGGGUCCUCUUCAUCCGCAACUUUGUGCUGGUCUUCAUCCUCACCCUCCUCUUGUUGUCGGUCGACUUUUACUACCUCAAGAACAUCGCGGGCCGCCGACUGGUCGGCCUGCGGUGGUGGAACGAGGUCAACACCUCGACGGGGGACAGUCACUGGGUCUUCGAGUCCGCCCCGGAGGGAACCCGCAACGAGAACAAGACGGACAAGCGAUUCUUCUGGCUGAGCAUGUACAUCGGCCCCGCGCUGUGGGUGGCAUUGGCGAUAUUGGCCAUCGUGAGGUUACAGAAUCUGAUAUGGCUCGUGACGAUCGCAAUCGCACUCAUCCUCACCAUAACCAACACGGUUGCCUUUUCGAGGUGUGACAAGUUCAGUCAAGCGUCGAGUUUCGCAGGUACGGCAUUCAUGGGGUCGGGAAUCGCGAGAAACCUGGCCGGGAACAUGAUGGGAAGAUUCUUCAAGUGAUUUGCCAUCAACCGAUUUAUACUCUUCCCCGCUCCAGCCAGUCCAGCACCACACCAAUGACAGAGCUUUGAAGAGGGACAUUCAAAGGAAGGUCUAGACAGAUGGCUGCGAAGGUUUUGGUAUAAGCACAUCACGGUCCACCACCAUACCGUUCGUUGCACCUAGCUUCUGUGUCUGGCCACUGGCCCCGUUGUGCGUCUUGUGGCAGUAUCAAUUCGUCCCGAUUACAGCGUACAAUAUGGGACCAAAAAAGCCGUGUGUAUCAGACCAAACUUUGUGGACUUUUUUUUGGGCAAUCUUGAUGCACUGGGAAUGGGAAAGACAUGGGCAAAACAGAGUGGUCCUCAUCGACUGCUUGCCCCAGGAGGCAGCUGUACUAUGGACGUGUCGGUCUUGGAAAAAAAAGAGGCAUCCCAGGUCGAGCCUCCAAUUCUUUUCUCCCUUUCAUGGUAUGGCUUUCAUGACUUUGAGACAAACUGAACGGCUUGUUUGUAUCAAAACAACUUUCGUGUGAGACCUGAUAUGUAUGAGUGAGCUUUUCAAUGAAGACAAAUGAUCAAGUAAUCGUGUGUAUUUAUGAUAUA